AUGUCUGCUACUAUAGAAGAACUUAAAACAUGUUCAAAUCAACAAGAAUUUGAAGCUGCUGGUGAAGCAGCUAAGAAAUGGUUUACAGAAGUGUUAUCAAAUGGAUGGACUGAAACAACAAAAGGGGAAGUUACUAUUUAUGAUAAACCAUCAGUAAAUAACCAUCACUUUAUUAAAACAGUAACACAAUCAAAACUAAAAGCAGAAGACAUAUUUAAUAAAGUUAAAAGUGCAGAUUUUGCUACUAGUCAUAAAUAUGACAAAGAACUUGUUGAAUCAGAAGUUCUUGAAACAAUUAAUGAACAUCUUAAAGUUACUAAACAAGUAAAUUCUGCACCAUGGCCUGUUGCAGCAAGAGAAUUUGUUUCAGUUUUAAUUGAUUAUGAAGAAAAUGGAAGCUUUUAUAUUGUAAGUACUUCUAUUAAUUAUCCAAAAUGUGAUACUGUUGGAAAGAAAUAUGUUAGAGGUGUUAAAUUAUUUGGAAUGAAAUUUACACCAAAUGAUGAAGGUUGUUUAAUUGAGCGAGUACUUGAAGUUGAUCCAAGAGGUUCAGUAAUUGCUAUGGCAGUCAAUGCAUCUAAAAAAGAAGAUGCGAAUAGACUAUUAAAUAUGAAGAAAUUUUUUGAACAGAAUUAAAGAACAAAGAAAGAGUUCGUUUAAAAUAAAGGAAAUAAUUUUAGUAUAAAAUUAUUGAAAA